AUGGCGCCUCCGCAGCCUCAGGGUAAUGUUGUACAAACGACGCCUCAGCCUUUGAUGCAUCAGAGGUCUGUGGCUAGGAAGCCUGUUGGGAAACCAGUUGGAACACCAAGUCAGAGCAUUUCGCUGCCGCAUAGACCUGCUCCUCAGCAGCAGCAUCAUCCGCAAGCUGGGUAUCCUCCUCACAUCCAACAGCAGCAACAUGUUCAACAACAGAGACCUCAGUCGUAUCAUCCUGGGCAACAGGUUCAACCUAUUUACCAGCAACAAAGCCCACAGCAGAUUCACCAAGCUCAGCCGAUAGCACACCCAGGCCAACCACUGCAACACCAGCAAGCGCAACUUGCUCAGUACCCUCCCCAGCAGCAACAGCAUCAAAGCCAACCUCAUUCUCAAAAUCCACAAACUCACCAACAACCAAUUCAGUAUCAGCAAGCGCACCAACAAGCGCCGAUACAACAAUAUCAGCAACAGCAACAGCUUCCACAGCAGCAUGUCCAAGCGCAACACCCUCAGCAACAACCCUUCAGCCCUACAAACCCAUCACCAAAUCCCGCUCCUCAAACGACUCUGCCAAACACUCACCAAGCACAACCACAUCAAUCUCCUGCAAGCCCAACUCAGCAAAUCCAUCGUAUUGACACUGCCAACAACAACAUCGGUUCGUUUGUGGCCGAUCACGGCAGACCUGGAAGCAUCAGCGGUAGCAGCGCCGGUAUCGCCACACCCGCUACCACUGUCGCUACACCAAGCGUCGCAGGCACACCACGAUGGGAGCCGAAUGUUGUUUCUGCCGCGACUCAGCAGCCUCCUGUGAGCCAGCAAUCCCCGGCAGUUCAACAUGUUCCUGUCCAGCAAACUCCAGCGACACAGCAUACUCCAGGCGCACAACAACCUCACCAGCAACCUCAUCCGGCUCAGUAUGCCCCGGCAGCUCAACAAAUCCCAGCUCUUCAGCAGAAUCAUCCGCCUCAGCAUACUCCAGCGCCUCCGCAUAAUCAUCCAGUUCAGAAUGCCCCAGCAAUUCAGCCGACUCAAGCUGUUCAAGCUACUCCCGCAGCAGACCUGAGGCGCACAUCUACUGGGCAACCUCAGCUGUGUAACCAUUGUCGAAAGGCGCAUAUCACAACGAACUUCUGUGUGUGGUGCUUCACCUCCAACGCAGUCAACGCUUCUCAUAGCCACGAUAAAUCCUACUACGCCACUGAAUCCGACCCACGAGUUCAAUCUUCCGUUCAAGAUGCGACAACCCAAAUGUGGACCAUUCGAAAGAACGUCUCUGGCCGACUCUGGUACACUCAUAACUCGACUGGACUGAAGACACACCUGAAGCCCACAGCAGCGGCCUUGUUUGGAUUCUCUGGAUUGCCACCUGGCUGGGAUGAGCGCAAGACACCCGAUGGUCGAACGUUUUACUUCAACAAAAGAUUGGGGACCAGUUCUUGGGUUAAGCCUGCCAACUCUUUGCCUGACGGUUGGAGGGAAUUGAGAACGCCAGACAUGACGCCAUUUUAUAUCAACGAACAGCUUGGAUUAUCGACGUGGGAUCGGCCGGGACAGCAGCCACGACAGACAAAGCAAGGAAAGCAGGUUAUUGUGAGAAAAGCACGCCCUGGUCAACCGAAUCAGCCGCAAAACGUCGGCGAUAGCAUUCUUUCAGCGACGGUCAAUGCAGCAAGACUCACUGGUCAAGGCGUUGAGAUGGCAAGUCGACAAGUGGGAAAGCUUGGCAAGAAGAAGAAUUGGAGAAAGAUGGGGCGCAUGUUGAACACUGUCAACAGCUUCAGUGGUGUUGGCUCCGGAAGCGAUGGCGAGUACGACGACAAUUACAACGAUGAUGGGGACUUUGGAUUUGGAGGUGAUGACUCGAGCGGGUUCCAAGGCCAGCAACAGGCACAGUUCCAGCAAAGCUUCGACUAUCAGCAAUCCUCUUUCUCACAACCUCAGCAGUCUUUCUCAUUUGAAGACAACCAGCAGUCAAUGUUUCAGCAGCAGCCAGCCUAUGAGCAACAGUCGACAUUUGAGUACUCGGUACAGACUGAGCAGCCAGCUUUCGAACAACCUGCAUUUGAUCAACAGCCUGCCUUCGGCCAGCAGCCAGAGCAGUUCAGUGUUACGGCUGAGGUGUCCUACACAAUGAAUGAGGGUCAACCAGCCUUCGAGCAGGGGGUCCAGUACACUCAAACAUACGAGCAGCAACCCGGAUUUGAAGUCCAGCAGCAGACUACAUUCGAGGCUACUUCAACCCAAGAGCCAAUUUUGGCUCAGCAGACAACAUCUUAUGAGACAGUCAUUACAUCUGAGCAGGCCGUCGUUGAGCCUCCCAUCAUGACUGAACAGCCUGUAUAUCAGGUUACUGCACAAGAGACAUAUCCUACCCAGCCGUAUGUCUACGACCCAACUCAAAUUCCUCAGCAGCAGGUCACUAUCUCGUAUACAGUACCCGACUAUGCGGCCGAACCAGCACCACUGUUCACAUCCCAGACCCAAGUGCAGCAACCUGCGUAUCCGGUAUUCCUUCAGAACAACCAGCCUGAGAUCAUCACAAGCGACGUCCCUCUGGUCGAAGUCCCAGGUACACCAGACAACACAACACUCAUUAUCAGCAACGGGUACGGUGGUAAUGACAUCUUGGCUGGUACUAGCCUAGCAACUGAGAACAAUGCGGCUGCUGUUCCUCAGGUCACAACGCCAGCGCCACAGGAUAGUAUUGUGGUGGAGGUGACGGUUCAGUCGACCCCGACGCCUGGGUUGGAGACAACUGCAUCGCCAGCACCGGUUGUUGUGCAGGAAUGUAAUGCCUCAGCAAAGCCAGCUUCCAUUGUGACGGUUGAUCCUGUUCAGCCAGUUGACUAUGAUGUUGGAGCCAGGUGUAAUGCACUCAUUUGA